AUGCUCGGGACCCGGCGCCUACUCGGCGCGCUGCGCCUCUGUUCCUCCGUUUCCUGCCCCAGGCCCCGCGCGUCUGCCAAAAUGCGCGUGCGGGAUGCCCUCGGGGUCCAGGACGCGAGUGGGGAGUGCGUAACGGUGCAGGGAUGGAUCCGGUCAGUCAGAUCUCAGAAGGAAGUUUUGUUCCUGCAUAUAAAUGAUGGGUCUUCUUUGGAAAGUCUUCAGGUUGUUGCUGGUUCAAGCUUUGACAGUAGAGAAUUGGCUUUUGGGAGUUCUGUGCAAGUUCAAGGGCAGCUGGUCAAAAGUCUGUCCAAGAGGCAAAAUGUGGAACUGAAGGCAGAAAAGAUUGAAGUUAUUGGAAAAUGUGAAGCCAAGGAAUUCCCUAUAAAGUAUAAGGAGAGACAUCCUCUGGAGUACCUGAGACAGUAUCCUCACCUGAGGUGUAGGACUAAUGCUCUGGGUUCUAUAUUGAGGGUCCGCAGUGAAGCCACAGCUGCUAUUCAUUCUUACUUUAAGGACAAUGGCUUUGUGCACAUUCAUACCCCAGUACUCACAUCCAAUGACUGUGAGGGUGCCGGAGAGCUUUUUCAAGUGGAGCCUUCAAGCAAAAUAAAGGUACCCGAGGAGAAUUUCUUUGAUGUUCCUGCUUUCUUAACUGUCUCAGGACAACUUCACCUAGAAGUGAUGUCAGGAGCUUUUACCCAAGUAUUUACCUUUGGUCCAACAUUCCGAGCUGAGAAUUCUCAGAGCCGGAGACACCUGGCUGAAUUUUAUAUGGUUGAAGCAGAGAUUUCUUUUGUUGAAAGCCUUCAGGAUCUCAUGCAAGUCAUGGAGGAACUCUUCAAGGCAACCACUGAGAUGGUUCUCUCACACUGUCCUGAAGAUGUUGAACUGUGUCACCAAUUCAUAGCUUCUGGCCAGAAGGGCAGACUAGAACAUAUGCUAAAAAACAACUUCAUAAUCAUUUCUUAUACGGAAGCAAUUGAGAUCUUAAAGCAAGCAUCCCAGAACUUCACCUUUACACCCAAGUGGGGUGUUGAUCUACAAACUGAACAUGAGAAGUAUCUGGUGAGACACUGUGGCAACACACCAGUCUUUGUCAUUAACUAUCCAUCAGAACUCAAGCCCUUCUACAUGCGGGAGAAUGAAGAUGGUCCUCGGCAUACAGUUGCUGCUGUAGAUCUUCUAGUUCCUGGAGUUGGGGAGCUCUUUGGAGGUAGCCUCAGGGAGGAACGGUACCACAUCCUAGAGCAGCGACUAACAAGAUCAGGACUUACAAAAGCUUACCAGUGGUACCUGGACCUUCGCAAGUUUGGAUCUGUGCCACAUGGAGGCUUCGGGAUGGGAUUUGAACGCUACUUACAGUGCAUCCUAGGAGUUGACAAUAUCAAAGAUGUCAUCCCUUUUCCAAGAUUUACUCAUUCGUGUCUUUUGUAGCUGAAAGAUUGUUUAAUGGAAAGUGCUCUAUCACCAAGACUCUGCACAUGAGUGUGUAUAGAGAAGGCUGGCUGUUUGCAUUCUGGAAAUGUGGAUUUCAGUGCACAAUUCUUGUGCUAUGAAAAAUACAAAUGGAUUUGAUCAUCAAAGGCUUUUCAUGGACAGCUAAACUCCCCCAAAGAGAAAUACUUUCUCAAGUGGACUUUAAAAUAUGUUACCUCAAUUAGGAAAAAAAAAGGUGUAGUAGCUGGGCAUGUUGUCCAGCUCCUGGAGAAGCUGGUACAGGAGAGAAACUUGAGCCUGGAUAGCAUCUUAAGAAAGAAGAGAGGAAGAUGUGGAAGUGUAGGGUCUCAGAGUUCCUCAGGGACUCGGACCUGAUGGACAUGACUCACCUUGCUUAGACUCUCAUUGGUAGCUUACGUCCCUUUGGUUUUUUGUUUGUUUGGUUGGUUGGUUGGUUUUUUUGUUUUGUUUUGUUUUUAAACAACUAGUGGCUAAAAAAUAAGGUGACAUUGACCCUUUUCUCCCUUGGCAUUUAAACUUACGCAGUGCCAAUCUUAUUCUCGGUGCUUUACUCAACUUUAUAGAAGAAAAUACUCCUUUUCAAAGUCUAAAUCGAUUAAUGAAGUGGCUGUUCUGAAUUGAAACAUUCAUCAUUGUGUGGUGAAAAAAAUCACAUUUAAUAACUGUUGCUCUUUAGCUUUAAAAGUUAAAAAGCUAACAUUAAUCAUUUAAACUUGUUAAUCAUUGUUCUAGUUCAUUUAUAUUAGAUGUUUAUAAAUAUUCUAAUAGUCAUUAAAAUGUUUUUUUUAAGUUGA